ACGAAUGUAAUUUACAUUACAGAAUCAGUUUUUUACUUGAUUCUUGUGGCACUGUUAUGGGGUGCAACGAAUCCGUUUAUUAAAAGAGGUGCCAAGGGUUUAGAAAAUGUGAAAUCGUCUUCCAAGUUAGGACAAUUUUUCAAAGAGCUGGCGUUUCUAAUUUCGAAUUUAAAGUACACUAUACCAUUUCUCAUCAAUCAAAGUGGUUCCCUGUUGUAUUUCUUAACUCUGAGUACGACAGAUAUAUCAUUGGCUGUGCCUGUGACCAAUUCUCUUACUUUUAUAAUCACUGCAGUGACUGGUUGGAUUUUAGGGGAGGAAAAGAUACAUCGAAAUACGUACAUGGGAAUGGCGUUGAUUUUAGCAGGAACAGCUCUCUGCUGUUGGGAUAAGACAGAUAAUCCUGUGACGAUUUAGUCUUACGAGAAAAUCCAUUCAACGUUUAUUGAUGUCAAAAAAUUAUACAAACCGAAACAACAAACGCACGAACUUUUGGUUUAUCCUAAUAUUAAUGGAUUUUAUCAAUUGGUCGUACACUAUCA